AUCAGCAUCAACAUCAACAGCGUCAUCAUCAGCAUCAGUCGAAUCAAUAUCAGCAUCAGCAUCAGCAUCAGCAACAUCCGAUAAUGGAAACUCUUGUGAAUCGAGCUCAGAACAGAUCGAAGAUUGAACCUCGACCACGGUACGAGAAGUCGAAGUCAUUUUUCAAUGCGGACUAUGUGCCUCAGUCCAGAGGCGCCUAUCGCCUGCCUUCGUUGCCUUCGGAAGACAAGCCGGAUCGCCAGGGCGCCGACGGAGACUGUUUGCUGUAUAAGAACUCAAAGUUUGGCAAGGAUUCGGCGUAUACUCACAGCGAUCAUAGCGAUCACAGCGAGCAGCUGCUCUCCAUUCCCCCAGAUCACUCGCCAAGGAAGCUAAAGACUUCGACUUCCAUGCUGGAGUCGACACGCGAACGUUGCAGACUAGCCACAGCUCAGUUCAAUGCCAAAUAUGGGGCCACAGAUAGCCCAUCCUCGAAAUCGGCCAGAACUGUGAUUACUACCAAGAGUGGCGAGAACUUGCGCUCUGUGGUGCAGUCGGAGAUUGAGAUGCAGGAGCGAAUGGAGAAGUCGAUUAGCAAGAUAAUGUUGCUACCCUCACUUGGCUUGUCGGAAGAAACCGACUGUGCUCCGGUCGAGGAUGAGGAAAAGUUCAAAAUUCCUAAAAGUGUGUCAAAAGAUAAUUCUGUACCGAUGCCCGCUCCUGCGGAUAAUCAUAAUUUCGAUUUCUCUGUCGAGGACAUAGUCAGCUCCAAGGUCAUUGCGCCCAUGAUGCGACGUGUGCAGCGCAUGUAUCUUAACAAUCUGCAGGAGGAAAUGAAGCUAAUGGAAGAUCUGGAACGCGUGCCGUGCAUGGUGGGCGAGGUCUACAGAUCUGUAGAGUCUGCGUUUGGGCCAAACAUAUCGAAGAAAAAGCCAAAGAAUACAUUUUAGUUUAUUGUUUCAUAUAUAUUUUCUAAUGAUUUGUAUAAAAGCACACAAACGAGAGUUUUCAAAAUAUAGCGCCAUUCACACGAUAACAGUGUGACCAGCUCUGAUAGUUGGAUAAAUGUA